AGGAAGAGAAGAUGGCAGGCGCGGAAGGUCAUGACUUCCCUCAAACAAGCUGCAACAUACGAAGAUCAAUGCAACAGAAUUUACAAAUUUUUGAUUCAAUCCGUGGAAAAGAAGUUAAUAUUCCCUUCUGGGACAUAGUUGUGAUUACUGCUCUUGAUGAAGGUCAAAAAAAUGCCUAUGAUCUUCAACUUGAGUCCAAGCUCGCGCGAGAAGAAUUACCCCUUGGGGUAAAAUAUCAUGUGUUCCAUGACCCGCCCGGGCCGAAAAUCGGUAACGGCGGAUCAGUACUCGUCACUAUUGGUGAUCUUUUAAAGAUUUAUGAAGAGGAGGAGUUGAUGAACUUGAAGAUCAUUAUGUUACCUGCCGGAGGUUAUAGCCAAAGAUUGCCAAACGCAAGUGUUCUGGGAAAAGCAUUCACUGCCCUUCCUAUUGGUAAGUUUAAAAAGUUUGAAAAGUAUUAACUGCGUGGAGUUUUAAAUUUUGAAUUAAGAUCUUGCUAUCCUAGUAUUAAUUGUGCAUUUGCCAUGUAUCUUCAUGUCAAGUUUUCUGCAUGCAUAUUUAUUUACAGUAUGAACACGUAAAGAAUUUUCUCGUGAGCAUUCGAAUAAAAAUGUUUUCCUAUAGAAGUCACAUAUUUGUCUAAUCUUGAUACUAAUUCACACCAGGCAUCUUUUUGGCAAUAUUUUAUAAAGGAAUUUCACAUUUGCAAGGAAUAUUGAGUUUAAAUUUUCCAAAAUUUGAAAACUAUUAUUUGCUGCAGGUGAAUGUUUUCAUGGCUGGAAUGUUUCCAAAGAAACUAUCCCUUCGAAUAAUCCUUUGUUUAAUUUAAUACAUGUACGUUUUGGCUAAUUAUCUUUUGGUGUCAUACAGGAUAUUCUUUUUUAUGGGUGAGCAUCAGUGGUGAUGUUUCUUAUUUGUGAAAUUAAACAUCAGAAAGAAACUGAUGGUGUUUGUUGUCAUACAGAAAUGUUUUUUUUCUUUUUAUGGGUAAGCAUCAAUGAUGUGAUUUUUCUUCUUUGUGAGAUCAAAUAUCAGGGAGAAACUGAAUCCAAACUUCAGUUUUUCAACAUAAUUUUCGGCAGUUUCUUCAAAGUGGUGCAGGACACCAUGGGAACGGAAUAAGGACUUGCUUAUAAUCUACAAUGGAAGCUAAUGAUUGGGUUAAACACCUGCUUUAAAUUGAUGCAAGUUUCACUUUAAGAGAGAAAUGAUAACAAGAAAAAAGCUAACUAGAAUGUUUCCAAAGAAACCAUCCUUUCAUAAGACUCCUUUUGUUAAAAAAUAACGGUUUGUUGAUUGGACAUUUGUUGUCAUACAGAAUUUUUUUUUUAUGGAUAAGCAUCAAUUGUUUUAUUUUUCUUCUUUGUGAAACCAAACACCAUGGAGACAUCAUUUUUGGAAGUUUCUUCAAAGUGGUCCACGUCACCAUGGGAAUGGAAUGAGUAAUUGCAUAUAAUCUACAAAGGAAGCUAACAAUUGUGUUAAACACCUGCGUUAAUUUUAAUAUAAGUUUCAUUUUGAGAGAGAAAUUAUUACAAGAAAAGCUUACCAGACUGUUUCUCUGGAAACAAUUCAUUAAAAAUACUCCUUUGGUUAAAAAAUAAUGUUUUGUUGAGUGGGCGUUUAUCGUCAUUCAGAAUGGUUUUGAUGGGAAAGCAACAGUUGUGUGAUUUUUUCUACAUAGUGAAACCAAACAUGAGUGAGGAACUGAAUUCAAACUUAAGUUUUUUUAACAUCAGUUUGGGCAUUUUUUCAAAAUGGUUUGGUUACCAUGGGUAUGGAAUGAGGACUUGGUUAUGAUAUACAAUGGAAGCUAAUGAUUGAUUUAAAUGCCUUUUGUGUAAGUUACAUUUUAAGAGAGAAAUGAUUACAUGAAAAGGUUUGGGUACCUAUGUGAUGAAUGUACCAUGAAAGGCAGUGAAGAGACUAAAGAACAGUUAAUAUAAUAUAUUUAAAUUCAGUUUUAUAUUUAACCCUUUAAAUCCCAAGAUCCAGUUGUAAAUUCUCCCUUCAAAAUGCUACACAUUUCCUUGUAAAUUAGUUAUAAGAAUUUGGAGUUAGUUCAAGAUAUCAACUUCUACUUGAUAAAUUUGAGUAUUCUUAUUACCUGUUUGCUGGAUGAUGUAUGAAUAUAAUAGGGAGAAGUUGCAUCCUAAUCACUUCUGUGAGUUUAAGGGUGAAUUGCUGACUUAUAUCAUGGUUUAAAAGAAUGAAUGAGUUGAGUGAUGUCGUAAAACCAAAUGUUGCUUUUUUCAAAGGAGAAAGCUUAAAAAUAGCCUUUGAUGUUGAACAGCUUUCUAGAAAUUUGUACAAACAUUUUCAUGUUGAAACAGCUUUUUGUCCUUUAAUAAUUUGUUUCUAUUAAAUCUUUCAUUUUAAAUAAAUAUUUUUGGAAUUAGAAAAUAAAGGAAAAUGUUACAAAAUGAUUAUGAGAGAGUAAUUGCAAAUUGCUUUCUUUAUUGUUGGUUUUCAAUGGGAGUAAGGGGUAUUUUUCUGUAGAUGGUCAUGGUCACGUAGUCUAAAAUCUUUUAGAAAAUAUUUAAAACAACAUUUUUGGGGGGUGGGGUGGGGGGGAGAAGGAGUGAUGCUUCUUAGCUGACCUUGGGGUAGGGGUGUUGUGAUACCCUCUGGUCUCACUUGAGGUGUUCAGCAUGAAACCCUAAUUGUCAAAUCCUUCUGAGCUACAUAGGAAAGAUAAUAAUAAUUAGCUAAGAGUUCUUAAAAAUGCGUUCUAUGUAUAAAUGUCUGUGCUUUUUACAACUAAAAGAAAGAGCUCUCACUAAACAGGUAUGUUUUCAACACCCUUUUUAAAACUAUGAGCAGAGUUACUUUCAAUUGUCUAAUGGCAAGCGGUAGCUGAUUCCAUAACUUUAGAGCAAUUGCCAUAAAAGAUGCUGAUUUAGAACAAAAGAAUGUCACGUCAAUUUAACUGUCAACUCCCAAAGGUGGACAACAUGUAACUUCUUACUGCAAUACAAUAUCAAUCCUAUAACCAGCAAACGAUUGAUGGAAAUAUAUAACCUUUUCAGCUAUGAGGCAUAAUCAUGACACAGGACCAAAUUCUCACAAUUCAACCCAUGUUGAGGAUUAAAAGUUUCCUAAAAGAUCUAAUGGAUAAAAAUUUCCUCCUUUCAUAUUGCUUUGGCAGGUGAUCCACCUUACCAAAUGUUAGAACUUCAGCUUGCUAUGUUUAUUGAGUUUCCACGACAUAUGAACCCAGGCAUCUUUGUGGCUGCUUCGGAUAUCCUAGUGGUGUUUAAUAGUGAAGGAGAUUGGUCAUUCACUAAACCAGGCUUCACAGCUUUGGCUCAUCCAUCUCCAAUUCAUAUUGGUACAACACAUGGUGUAUUUGUUCUUAAUGAUCAUGAAAAGUUAGCAUCUGUUCAGGUUAGUGUGGAUGCAAUAUGAAAGUUUUGCAGGAUUUAAGUAAAUGCUACAGAUUUUGCAUGGUGGUCAGCCAACCCAACCCCCUUCUAAUCAGGCACCUUUCAACACAACACUGACCAACAAUCAGUGUCAGGAAUGAAUACCCAUUCAAAAGUGGAAGGGGAGGGUGAGGUAGAGGAAACAUGGUAGGUAAAGUACCUAAGGGAAAUAGAUAAAAUACAUUGCAAUGUCCUGGCAAACCUCCUUAGGGCCUUGCACAUUCCAUCAGUGAAACAGCUACAUUGACUUGGUUUUAACCUUGCAUAAAUUAGAUUUAGCCUUAGCUUGUAACAAAAAAAAAAAAGGAAAAUGCCCUUAAUAUGAAAAUCUUUUUAUUGUUAUUGAGUGUCAGUUGGAAUUCCUUAAAAUACAUUUGCUAUCACUCAAAAUAGUCUUAUAGCAUCAUUUUCCCUGUAGCACCCCUUACCUGAAACCAAAUUUAGUUAGUGUGAAAACAUUACUUUGAAUUAUUUUCUUUGCUUAUAUGUGGUGUAACAACUUUUGGAAUUUCUCAACAUUACCAAAUUAAUGAAACAUUACUUUUCAUUUUGUCCAUCAGGCUGGCCGCCCAAUCACUCAAACAACAUGUAAGAAAUUUCUCCACAAACCAUCAAUGGACAUAAUGAGAAAGCAUGGCAUUGUAUUCCUCUGUGAUGAACAAGAGUAUGUUUACACCGACAGUGUCUUUUUUGUGGACUGGAGAACAGCCAAGAAUCUCUAUGACUUUUCACAGCAGAUCCAACCAAUUGAUUGUGAAAUUGAUGCUUAUGGUGAUUUCUUGCAAGCUCUUGGGCCUGAGGCAUCAGCAGAUUACACAAAGAAUGUUGCCAAUGUCACAAAGGAGACUUCCUCUUUGAUUUCAAAGAGGAAGAAGAUUUUUGAGUUCCUGAAAGGAACACAAUUAAAUGUGUUGUUACUUAAUGAAUCCAAGUUCUACCACUUAGGCACCACUAUGGAAUGUAUUCACCAUUUCUGUGACGACAAAGUUUUUAGGUAAGAAUUUAAUCAUCAACAACAACAAAUCUAACAAAUACCAAGAAAAUUAUAUCUGUGUAAUACUAUAUAAAUAUGUAGUUGUUUUUUCCGUUCUAUAACAAGUGGUUUGUACACUGAGUUCCUGAUUAAUUUUGUAGCAAAUUAGAGUGGCUAGUUUCCAAUUUCUUGAUACAGUAUCACCCUUAAAAUCAGAUGUAAGGUCAUGAAUGUAAAGGAAAUGAUUCCAAAUUUAGGAAGCUCCUGAUUGUCAAACAUAUUCUCGUUGUCUGUAUCAGAAGAAAUGUAAAGGGAACAGUGUGGAGAAUAUAAACACUAAUUUUUGGGUGGAAAGGGUUAAUAGCCAACUGCUCAGACCUUGAUACUUGAUACUGGAGAUUGUUUAGUGUGAAAUUGGAGACCAAACCAUUUGAGACAAAUAGGAUUUUUCUCUCUCUUGUCAGCAUUUUGAACAAUGUACAUAGUCUACAUCACCUUCAUAUUUUAUUUUCUCAUCAUUCUCCUCAUUCAUUGUUUGUGCUUUGAUCUGUGAAAAUGCUCUUGCAGAGGAAGCAAAAUUGAAAAAUUAAUCUCAGGUUAGGGAAGGUAAGGACGGACUUAAUGGAAAAUUUAGACUGUGGCCUUAAGAGAUAAGGCCCCAGUACUGUGGAUUACUGACAUCAAAGGGCAAUGCAGGACACCCUUCCUUUUUCAGGUUGAGGCUUAUUACAGGAAUGAACUGAAUUUAUGAUAGAGAUAAUGGUAGGUUGUGACUGAGUGAAUACUUCCCUGUUCUUAACUUUUUGUGUGUUUUUGUUUUUACCAGAUAUGAAAGUCACUUUCUCUCUGAAGUAAUGGUGCAAAGAAGUGGGCCCAGUGAGGAGAAAAUAACCACUGAUCAAAGAUGUCUCAUACACUGUUACCAGACUCUGCCAUCAAGUGUGGGACAGAGAACACUGUUGGAAUACUGCAACAUUCAAGCCGAAGCCUCUGUUGGCAAUAACUGCAUUGUCAGUAAUGUAGAGCUUCCUUCAGGGGCUAGCAUCCCUGACAAUACCUUCAUGAUGACUGUCUGUGUUACAGUCGACAAUGUCAGUGGAUUGUAUGUAACUGUUGUCUUCGACAUUAAAGACAAUGUUAAAAGGACAGCACCAUCUGAUGAUCUUGCAAAACUGCAGUACUUUGGCUUGCCCCUUGAUAAAGCAAUGUCACUGUUGGAUUUGGUGCAGGUAGUGAUCUCCUACAUGUUCUCAUAACCAAGUUUGGGGUAGCUCAAAAUGGUUCAAUCCUUUUCCUUAUUAACUCUUUACACCCUAACAUAAGUACGCAUAUUCUCCAUACUAUGCAUUUCCAAGGAUACUGACAAGGAGAAUUUGUUGAACAAUCAAGAGCUUUUUUAAUUGAUGAUCAUUUCCUAUAUUCUCUAAACCUAAAUGUGUGAUUCAGGGGUGAUAUCGUAAGGAGAAGUUAUAUGCUGGUCACUCUUAAGGGCCAAAGGGUUAAUAAACACCAAUUCUUGAAGGGACUGAUACUGUACCAUUACCAUACUUUUCUGUGUUCCUUUGAUAUUGGCAUAAAAUACUUAAGAUGGCUCUGUACUGCAUGAAUCUUGACAUGUGAUAUUGCAAAUUGAUGAUUAAAGAUUGGGGCCAUUCCACCUGUUUCAUAUUUAAGUAGUCUGAUACCAGAGAUGUUUCUAAGAGGCCAUUGUGCUGCUGUAACAACCUUGUAUUAGCAUGUGUUUGCUGACUGUUACAUCACUGGUUCUUAUUACAAAAUCCAGAAUUACUUUCUUGAGGCUUGUAUUCUUUACAAAAUGGUUUGGUUUUUUAUAAUCCAAAAUAUUUGUACUUCAUCAUCACUUAAUUUCUUUUUUUGUUAUUACAAUUUUUUUGCAGAAUUCCAAACUUGAGCAUGUUAGUCUAUGGCACAUGGAGCUGUUUCCUGUAUUUAAAAGCUUUACAGAGUCUGUUUGUUAUGCAAUAAAGAUGCUGGAUGCUUUGAAGAAUGGAACAAAAAUUGACAAAGGAAACAUUAUGCCCAUGGGAAAGUACUUGUCCAUGAAGGAGAUCUUGGAUCUUAAGGACACUGAAGGAACAUUGCACAUUAGGGAAAAGCUAAGGAAGAAAAUUUUAGAGACAUAAGGGCAUGUUGAGUGAAUGGAAGGAAAUCCUUUUGUUACUUGCAUAAAUGUCAACAGCUUCCUUGGGAUAUUGAAAAUUUUCAAGAGUUGUUGAAUUUAGUUUUCUUAAGAAUGCCAUUGUAAUAUUACUCUCUCUCACUCUUGCACGGUAUUAGUCUAAAUUAAUAUUUAUUUAAUAAUAGUUUUUAAUUUUUAUUCACUCACUCCAUGAGUGAUUCUCAUUGAGACACAGAGCCCCCUUAAGGGCUCCCAAGUUAUUAGAAUUAAAUAUAAUGAAAUAAAAGCUUAUUAAAACCAAGUAGAUAUGAAAAUUGGAAGUACAAACAUUAACUUAUCUGAAAUUAAAUAAGACCUUGGGAUAAACAUUUUGUAAGUAUGAAGGGAAACAAUGAAUUAUUUGGAUCGAGCUUCAUCGAAAUGUGCAUGGGGGGCUGUCACAACUAAAAAGUAUUUUAUUUAAAUAAAAGCUGACUUUCAUUGCAAGUCAUGUGACUAUUUUGUGAUAAGAGUCACAUGGUCAUUGAAUGUGGCAAUGAUUAUAAAAAGGCUUUCUUUUCAAGUUAGGUUUGUUGGUACUACAGGAACUUUGGUAAACUUUGCUUAGCACCAAUAUACCAAGUUUAUGUGUAUUUCUAUUGAUUCAUGCAAUAGCAAGUUUGGAGAGAGAGGCUGACUGUAAAUGAGAGGUUUCCUUGAGUUUCAAUGUAUCUCUCUUCUUAUUCUUGUUUUCUUUCAAGGUCUUUCAUGAUGUCCUUACUACUUGACAUCAUGCUAAUACCUUAGCAUUUCUGUCACUUAAGGAAGUAAUUGCUAAGUGUUAAACGAGGC